AGAAGACCCCGCUCUCCUCCGCACCACCUCCUUCACUCCUUGAUUCUCCUCCUUAAGUUUGCUAGCUGAUAACGACUCAGUCAGUAGGAGAUCCCUUCGCUUUCUUAUCCAUUGUGGCUGAAAUGAGAAGAUCAGGGGAAGCUGACAUGAGAGGGGACGCUCCACAGAGAAGCAUGAAGACCACAUGUCUGUGGGCCGCCGCUGCGCUUCUGUCACUCAUCUCUCUAGUGGCCGGCGCUGAUUCACCACACUCAGGAAGUUCAGACUUGAGACAGAGCUCCAAAUCCAAAGCGAAGACCUACUGGACUGAAAGCAACAAAGCUGUCUCCAUCAGCCGACUGCUGUCUCAAACCAUCUACGGAAAGGAGAACUUCACCUCUGUGGACCUGAAUUACGACGAGGAAGAAUCCUACUCCAAGCAGGAGCAGUGGAACUGGCUUUACAACGUUUCGACGCCACGCGACCCUCGAUCUAGGACAAAAAGAAGACCCAUUGUCAAGACCGGGAAGUUCAAGAAGAUGUUUGGUUGGGGGGAUUUUCACUCCAACAUCAAGACCGUGAAGCUGAACCUGCUGAUCACGGGGAAAAUCGUGGAUCACGGUAACGGCACCUUUAGCGUCUACUUCCGGCACAACUCCACCGGUCAGGGCAACGUUUCCGUCGGGCUCGUCCCUCCAACGAAGGCCGUGGAGUUCCAGGUCCAGCCGCAGCACCAGAACUUCCACCACCAUCACCAGCAGCAGCAGCAGCAGACGGCUCUGGAGAGCAAGGACACCAAGCUGUUCAACUGCAGGGUGGAGUACGAAAAGGUGGAGAAGGGCACCAGGAACUCGCUGUGCGCCCACGACCCCUCACAGAGCUGCCCGCAGGAGCAGACCCAGAGCCACGUGUCCUGGCUGUGCUCCAAGCCCUUCAAAGUCAUCUGCAUCUUCAUCACCUUCUACAGCACCGACUACAAGCUGGUGCAGAAGGUCUGCCCGGACUACAACUACCACAGCGACACCCCCUACCUCCCCACCGGGUGAUCACCGCCGCACAGGAAACGAGGAGCAGGCCGUCGGGUCUUGAGCCGUUUCAGAAGCCAACUUGAGAUGUUAACUAACUUUUCUUUUUAAUUACCACAGACGUAUCCUUGUGACAAGAUUGAUAUGGCGCCAAUUAGGAAUCCCAGCCUGAGGUCGUUUGCGAGAGCAUUUAGGGAAGCACUCCUAGGCUUGCAAUACCCCUAUUAUAUGCAUAGCUGCUUACAUGGAAAGGAAUCUCUCAAGCCAACUGUGAACGUGUACUGAUUGUAUUUAUGUAAAUAUUCUGGACCCCACGCGAAAAACAGAAAACACUUUUAUUAAUGUUUUGGUUUUUUCCCCCCCCUCCUGCUAAUUUACUUGUUUACGUUGAUGGUGUAUUUCCGUCUCAAUCAUGCUUUGUGUCUUCUUCAAUCAGUCUCUGGUAAUCUUUGCAAACGCAUAAAUGUCAAUGCGAAUAAGAAGAAUCUGUCAGUAUGAGUUAGAGGGCGUAAUGGAAAAAGCAGACAUAUUUCGAGUGGUGUUGUUUUCUGCAGUGUGGUUCGUUAGAGUGAGUAUAGCUCUCUGAUAUCGUUGUCGGACUCUCAUCCAUGUUCAUGCAUGAACCGAAUGUGGUGAAUGGCUAAAUAAGGCCCGUUUAUAUUGUCAUUUUAUUGCACCUGUCAAAAGAAAUCUUCGUCAAGCCUCGGCGGUGACAGGAAACGAGGAGAAAACAGUACUUUUGCUUUAAUUCUGUGUUGUGUGUUUGGAGGUUUUGAGGCGACACUGAAUGACACCAUCGGGGAGCUCCAAGCAGAUCAAAUAUGUUGCAAUAAAUAAAUAAAAGUUGAAGAAGACAUGCAAGAUGACAGAGAUACAGAAGGUUAUUUUCUGUGCUGUGCUUUAAAAAUAUUCAAAAAUAGCUGUGUUCUAAAUCUGCUCCUAUCUGCGUGAUGAGUUUCUUUUUAAAAGGAUUUAAAUGUUGCUUUUCUGUCUGUUGCAUAAAACAAGCAUGGUGUAAUAAAAUUCAGCUCCUGCUACACAACAAGGAGCCAGCGGUGAAAUGUGUAAGAAGCGACCACGGCCCUGCAGAAAUCAAGGAUCCAUUUCAGCACUCUGUGAUAAUCAUCAGCGGCAGAGAGCAAAAAAAAAAAAAAA